AUGGAGGCAGACCUGACAAGUGUAGAAGUAGUGUUCGCUCAAAAAUUAGCUUGCGGUGAACCAGUAACUCGACAACGCGCCUUUCGAGCCCUACAAGACUGGAUCAAGGAACAAUCAUCCUUGAAACCAUUCACUGAAGCAGACAUGUUAAGGUUGUGUAAAGGUCUUCACUAUGUUCUUUGGAUGCAGGAUAAAAUGUUACUGCAGGAAGAACUUGCUGAUAGAAUCAGUCAGCUAUUUCUUGUUUUUGCCAACGAAGAGCAACGGGUUCUUUUUAUUCAGUCCAUUUUCAAAAGUCUAGGGAAAGAAUGGAAUCACAUUGACAGGUGGCGUAUGGACAAGUUCCUCAUGAUGAUGCGUCGUGUUCUUCGUGCGUUAUUUAAGCACUUGAGUUCAUUGAAGUGGAAGAAAUCUAUCCGUGACGCUUAUUGGAACGCGUUUUCUAACACAACAAUAUCAGUUGAUCGAACAUUUCCUGACGGCCUAAAGUUCCACUUUGCUUCUUUAAUUUUGGACGAAUUAGACAAUGCAGGUGGAAUCAACAAGAAACAGUUAACAGCUUGUUUGAAGCCUUUUGCAGAUCUCUUAGCAGUUCGAUCUAUUAGUGACUAUUUGUUUGAUUCUAUUACGGAGGAAGUUUUUGCGACGAUUCUUCACCAGAAGUCCGAAGAAAUGGCUUCAAGAAUGGAAACCGCCGACGCAGGAGACGAAUCAUCUCCUGGAAUUGAGUUCGAUUAUGUGGCUAUCGGUCAGAUGUUGUUUAAUAUUGGCAAAAAACCGGAGACUAUCUCAAAACGGCGAAAAAAGUUGUAUGAUUUGGUAAAAAGGUUUGACGUGGCCGCUAAAGGUGGUGAUCCUUAUUACUUCGAGCCUCCUACACCGGAAAUAGUGUUGACUUCACGUGAUUACGAAGAGGCUGAAAAGAAGCUGAAAAUAAUGGAAGAAGAAGUCAAGAUUGAGCGAAAGCGAAUGAAACUAGAGAGAAAGUCUACCAAGCCAUCUGUAGCAACAGAUCCUGAAGACGUUGAAAAGGAUGACGUUGAUUCCAAUAAUGCUCUUAUCGGCACUGUUGUAAAGUCAAAAAAGAGUUUUAUCAAAAAGAAAAAGAAGACAGAUAAGUCCAGUGGAAAAGUUAAACGCACCAGUAUGAUGUCCAAAUCGAAGAAACCCAAACCUCAGAAAGCUAAAUGA